AUGUCAGACAACAUACAGGACAAAUUCAACAAACUGAAUGUAGAGGCAGAGCUUCAGGUGAGUUUCUUGGCCGGCCUGAUCAAGUUGAGUGGAUCGGGAUCUUACCUAGGGGAGGAAAGAAAGAGCGCUAGAGCUCAAAGUAUGAGUCUAAUCUACAAGCUGAGAACAUUCCAUGAAGAGAUCAUGCUCCGCCAACACAAAGAUAAGAUCGACCUGGCAAUUCUUUCACCUUCAAAUGGGCAAACCGUAAAUGCAACCCAUGUGGUUGUUGCUAUCGAUUGGGGAGCAGUUUGCUCGGUUACCUGUGAGUAUGAAAACAAACAAAAUGAAAAUGUCACUGAAGUCAAAGGGGCCUUGAGCGCAGAACUUGAACAAAUCAAAGGUUUGGUUGACGUAUCGUUUGAAGGUAAAACCAAAGGAAAUCACAAAAAGUUCACCUUCAAAUGCAAAGCGGAUGUGUCGGCUCCUGACAAGGAUCUACCUGUAACAUUCGAAGGUGCUGUUGAACUAGCGCGAAAUCUCCCAAGUCUAGUUGAAGGAACAAACGAAGGCAAGGGGGUUCCUUUGCUUUUCAUGUUGAUGCCACUGGAUGUUGUCGUCGAGAUGUGUAAGCCCCAGAUACAACUUCAAAUACAAUACACAUCAAUCAAUGACAACAUCAUCAAAAGGUGUGCACAGGUUGUGGAGGGAAUCACCAAAAAGAGACAAUCUCUCUACGAUAUUCAAAAUGAUCUGCAUGCCAGCGGCGAAUAUGUCGCUAAAGGAUCCCUAGAUAGGAUUGAUGAUAUCUUAAACGAGUUCAUUGUGCAAGAAUCUGGUUUUAAGUCUAAGCUUCAAGAUUCGGUGAAGAAAGUCAGGUCGGGUAUUGUGGAUGUCUCUGAAAUCGAGGCAGUCCUGGAUAAAGAAGUGUCUGGGGCAUUUUCCAUUUGCAGUUACAACGAUUACAUUAGAGGGUUUCAAAAAGAUAUGAACAAACUCAAAUCCAUCAAAUCAUGGAAGAAGAAGGGAAUCAUCUUCAUCGGGAAAAAAGAUGAAUUUACUGUGGACGACAGCAGAGUGGUCUACGCGCUCUACAAGACUGGCGAAGAGAAUGUAAAGAGCGAUCUUGAUGAGAAAAAUCUGGAGUUCUUUUUGCGACUACAAAAAACACAUGCUCACGAGGAGGACUACAAAUUCAUAGUUGUGGACCAGGACAUAAGAGAGGAUAUUUGGCCAUCAAGCAUAAAUGAGACAACCAUUUAUAGCUUUGUAGACGGUCGUCGAACAUCGGAAGACCUGUACGCCAAAGAAGGCCAAGACUCUGAGAUGUGUCUGAUACAAAUCACAAAAGCAGAAUACAAGCAAAUACGCCCACACAACCGAGCAUAUGUCCAGAUAAGAUGCCCAAAUGCUUUGGACGGAAAUGGUCAAUGUUCAGGUGACCCUGUCACUUGGAAGUGUUACAAAUGCAAAGAGUUGGUUGAGUAUGGCAUAGAAACUAAACAGUUUCACUGCAAAUGUGGAGAAUCUGACCCUAGCAAUUCAGUCUGGCGUUGUAAUGAUGAGAAUCACAGAAAUAACUACGUCAAGUAUCGACACGACAUUCUCUCUACGGAGUUGUCAAAUCUCCGGGCCAUGAAGGAGAGAAACAUCUUGAUCCUGGGUGAGACAGGCGUUGGUAAAUCUACGUGGAUCAACGGUUUUGUUAACUACCUUCACUAUGCUGAUCUCCAAGAAGCUAUGAAUGCCAAGGAAUUCCAUGUUUUAAUACCGUCCAGUUUCACCUUUACACAACAAGAGGAGGAAAAGAAGAUAAUGGUUGGGGAAAGUGACACCAAUGGGAACACGGAGGACGGAAAAUCUGCAACCAAAGAGCCUCGUUCCUAUGUCUUCCAUGUAGGAGGGGAAAUGGUUCGCUUGAUUGACACACCAGGAAUAGGAGAUAUAGACGGUGUACAACAAGAUCGGAAAAACUUUGACAAUAUAUUAUCGCAUCUGACCUUCUACGAGGAGAUUCAUGCUGUGUGCAUACUUCUCAAGCCUAACAAUUCACGUCUAACAGUAACGUUCCGCUUUUGCAUCCAAGAACUCUUGGCCCACCUGCAUUCGUCAACCAAAAACAAUAUUGUAUUUUGCUUCACCAAUGCUCGAGCUACAUUCUUCAAGCCUGGGGACACCUUACCUACCCUCAACAGAGAACUCGAGAAAAAAGAGGUCGGAAUUAAAGCUACUCCAAGCAACUACUUCUGUUUUGAUAACGAGCCUUUCCGCUUUUUGGCUUGUGUGAAAAACGGGGUGUUAUUUAGCGAAGAGGAGAUAAACACUUAUGCUGAAAGCUGGAACAGGUCUGUUGAAGAAACCAAGAAGCUAUUUAAACACAUCAGCUCUUUGAAGCCCCACAAAAUUCGGAAUACUUUGAGUAUGAAUGAGGCUCGAAGAAUCAUCGUGGCCAUGAGCAAACCCUUGGCAGAGGUGGCCAAGACAAUCCAACAAAAUGUACAUGAAGGCAAGGAGGUUAUGACACAAAUUGACCUAGUCGACAGAGAUAUGGACAGCUUGAAAGCCAAACUGAAGUUUUCUGGACUUGACCUUAAGCGUGUGGAGUUAGACUAUCCUAGAACAGUCUGUGCAGAUCCAAAGUGUGUCAAAUAUGUCUCAAUCGGUGCGAGUGGUACACAAAACACAAUAUACCAUCAAAUAUGCCAUGAUCAUUGUACUCUGAGCGGAAUUCCAACGGAAACAACAAAUGAUGCAAGACUACAAAAUUGUGAGUGCAUAAUCGGGACUAGUUCGUCUUUUUUUGACACAGUUAGGCGCACGAUAGGUAACAUACUGGUGCGACCGACAGAGUGUACUAAGUGUGGUCACCAUAACAACACUCAUAUGCACAUGACGUAUGACCUGCAGGUUUUCUCCAAGGAGUUCCUUUCUGAAGAAGUUCAAACACAAAUCAGUGAAAAGAAAAGCGCUAGAGAAACCAAGGAAGCUUUCAAAGAAGCAAUUGAUACAAAAAUUGCGGAAUUGAAGGAAGAGGAAAACACCAUCGUAAUAACUAGCGCCAAGUUUGGCUCAUUUCUCAAAGCAAAUGCUCUCAUACCCUACAAUGACGCAGUUGGUGACUAUCUCAACAUGUCUAUUGAACAUGAGAGACAGAAACCCGAUGAACUCCGAAACGGUACUCUUCUGAUUACAAUGGAAGUCAUGAAGGAACAAUAUGAAGAUGAAAGGAGAAUCUUGGAUCACGCAAUCGGUAAAGAAGGUGGCAAAAACAAAAUCACUUUAGAGGACGUGAUGAAGCUUCUGAAAGAGCUCUUUGGCCUAAAGCAUAUGGGAACAACAUUGAAAGAUAUUUAUGAUGGCAUUUCUAUCGCACACUCUGCCAGAAACAUAGCAUUCAAAGAGAAGAUUGCCCCCACUCCACAGAAUUACAGGAUAACAGAGGAAAAGAGCAGUUGGGACUUGACUUCCUUAGUGGUGACGAUAGUAGACUUGGUCAAAUAA